AUGUCGGGAGGAGAAGCCUGGGGAGAGGUCAGCCCCAGGCACGCUGCCGGUGCCCGGUACCGGCGCCUGGCACCAAUGCCAAACGUGGGGGUGUUUCAGUCUGUAGCUGAAACGAGACCUGGAGAAAUAGUUCUGAACCAGUUGCCUCAGCCACUCCUAAUAAGUCGUAUUGAAGAUGGGAGCAAAGCUGCAGCUGUGGACAAGUUACUGGCUGGGGAUGAAAUUGUCGGCAUCAAUGAUGUCGGCCUCUCUGGAUUCCGACAAGAAGCGAUCUGUCUGGUGAAGGGUUCACACAAGACACUGAAGCUUGUAGUAAAAAGGCAUGACCUCGCCUGCAGGCCUCACUCCUGGCACGCAACCAAAUUUACAGAAAGUCAGCCCGAGACGGCCACGUCACACCUUCCCCCGGCCAAUGCCUGCGUUUCCUGGCACUCGCGCUACCAUGCAAGUUGUUCUUCUCAUGACCUCUCCAACUCAUGGGAUCAGUCAAGUCUACAUCGCACUUCUGACCAAUUCAGCUCUUUGGGAAGUAUGGACAGCUGGGACCACACUCCACAAGUAGCCCAGUAUGGAAGACUCUCAUCUGCGAGGUCUAAUAGUAGCAUUGAUCAUCUCGGGAGCCAAAGUAAGCGGGAUUCAGCCUACGGGUCUUUCUCCACGAGUUCUAGCACCCCUGACCACACGCUAUCCAAUGCAGACACUUCUUCAAUGGAGAACAUGCUGUACAAAGUAGGCCACUGGGAGACUGCUAAGCAUGGAAACAAGUCUGGCCAGUUCUUGAAUGACAACAGUGGAAUAGAGGACAAACCAGGGUAUUUGCCAGCUUCCGUCCAAUAUGAGAACAACAGAAGUCCUAGAAUAGAGGAACAUCAUGAUAGCAAACUCGCUAGCUCUGGAAGAUCCAGUUUCGGACCUGUCUGGUAUGUUCCUGAUAAGAAAAAGUCUUCAUCUCCUCCCCCUCCCCCUCCACCUCUUCGUAGUGACAGCUUUGCUGCUACCAAAGGCCACGAGAAAGCCCAUGGCCCUGUGUACUCGGAGGGUGCCAGCACGCAGCACUUUACAGCCCUGAACCGAUCUCAGCCCAGGAGUGACUGGAACUUGGAAACCGUGGAGCAGCAGCAGCGGCCCUCCAGAGUGUGCGACAGGAGGGUCAGCAGCUUGAGUCAGAAACCUGAUCUCACUGCAGAGCACAAUUUUAAUUCGACUGGUGAAAGGUACAGUAGUAAUGCAGGACCUGGGAACAAGCUGCAGUCGUCCUUGUCCAGCACUGAUAUACGGUUUGCACAGCCCACCUACAGCUACCACCACCAGCAGCAGUACAGCGAUGAAAGCACUUUUUUUCACAAUGCAAGGAUCUUAGCUGCAUCUAAGGAUCAGCAACAUUACCUGUCCUCUAGCAGCAUUCAGGAGUUACCUACAGAUCAUUUUCAUGGCUACAGUCCAAACCAAGCCAGUCUGCUCAACACUUCUUUGAACAGUGCUGCUGAACAGAAGGUGGACAGCACUGGACAGAGUCGCUAUUAUUGCGUGACAGCAAAACAGCCUGCUCAGGAAAGCUCAAAGCCACUGCAACUCAAGGACGACAGCUGGAAACCCACAGUGGGGACUGAUGAGUCACUUGUACCUCACGAAAGUCCUGCAGUAGUCGCAACGGUCCAAAAACCAAAAUACUAUCUACCUCAACAAUGUGUCGAAUCUUCACUGAAAGGGUGUGAGAACAGCAGUCAUCACCCUGUGGACAGAGAGGCUGCUAGGUGUGCUGUAGUAGAAGAAGCUAAAAAACCCAGUCACACUGAAAAGUCCGGACAAAAGAAAAACUUUGAGAGCAGCUCUGAGGAAAGCGAAGCUAGGUACGGUCAACAGGAGUAUGUAAAGGGCUAUGUCCUUGCCACUGAAAACAGAUCUGCUCAGAAAGAUUCCAGGUGGGGGAAAGAUGAAAGUAGCAAGAUUUCUCCUCAGAAGACCCCAAUGUUGCACUCUUUAGCUCAGGAAGGGAAAAAGCAGUCAGAGAGCAGCCCAGGUGCGGUAACGGAGCGACAGGCCCCGUUUGACACUCACUUGUCUAAACAGGCACGAAGGAGCGAUCGUUUUGCAACAACCCUAAGAAACGAGAUCCAAAUGAGAAGAGCAAAGCUGCAGAAAAGUAGAAGCACUGCUACGUUAGUAGCAUCAUCUGAAACGGAGGAGUGCAGUGAGACCUGGAAGCCAGAUCCAGCAGAAAACGUCACCAUCUCCCCGGACACUAACUUUACCAGCACCUACAAAGAUCACCUCAAAGAAGCACAGGCCAGGGUUCUCAGGGCGACGUCCUUCAAACGGCGGGACUUGGAGCCCAGCCCUGCUGAAUAUCUCCCCAGGUCACCUGAGCAGAAAGCUGGUAGUUACAACUCUUCAUUAUUGGCUUUGGUUUCUGAAGACGUGUCUGGAUUCCUCGAGGCUACACAAGCUAAACCGAACCCGACAGGGAGUGGCACUCAUCACGUUUCUCGCAUUGGAGCCCGGAAGAGGUUCACAACAGAGCAAAAACUGAAGUCUUACUCAGAACCGGAGAAGAUUAAUGAGGUGGGGAUGUCAGAGAAUGAGUGCCGUGCUCAUGGCCAUCCAAAUACAUCUGAAGAAGCCCUUGGCUCAUUUGCAGACAGGUGGAAAUUUUUUGAAGAAACAAGUAAGCCUGCAUAUAGGAAAUUGGCACAGAAACCAGCUCCCCACAGUCUAGCUGAGGGACAGCCUGAGAGGCCAGAUAGGAAAGCUCACAGUGGGCAAGAGGGAGAGGAGUCGUGGUAUGAGAGAAGAGGUCGGGCAGCCUCUAUUGGACUUGAAGCUACACAUACUUCAAAGGAGAAGAAUAGGGUCGCUGAUGGGGCUGUGAAAUCGGAGCAGCCGCAGCGCCUGGGGACCUUUGCGGAGUAUCAGGCGUCGUGGAAGGAGCAGCGGAAGCCGGCGGAAGCAAGGAGCUCAGGAAGGUACCAUUCUGCUGAUAACAUCCUGGAUGCAGCCCACGAACAGCUUGAGAAAACCCAGUACAUCCACGAGAGGUCUAGAUCAUCCCCUUCUACUGACUUCUACAAACAGGAAGUCUCAGUUGAAGUAAGGAGGCAAGCAGAGGAUAUAAAGGAAGACGGGGAGCGUAUUUUAUCUAAUGUUAAUGAUCUGGAUGAAAGGAACUGCACUGUGAGGUACUUCACCAUGCAUGACAGAAUUAAUGUUGGGACUGAAAUUUUUGGGGGCUCUAGG